AUGUCUGCCUCUCAAUCUCAGAAGCUUGUUCUCGCCACCGGCGCGUCGUCCGGCCUAGGCUUUGAAUCAAUUAAGCAAUUGCUGGAGCAAUCAGAGCAAGCUUACCAUUUCGUCCUGGGUGUUCGAAGUACCGAGAAGGUGCAGGCUGCUUAUGAUGAUCUUAAAUACGACUCCAAGCAUACCGUCACUAUCCUCCAUCUUGAUCUUUUGAGCUUGGAAAGCGUGCAGCUUUUCACAAAACAGGUGUUCGAGAAGCUUGGAUCCUUCCGUAUUGAUAUUCUUUACCUUGCCGCGGGAGUGCUGGACAAGGCUGAAGGCCCAGGGCCCCACGGCUCUCAGUGGUGCGCGGGCUACGUGGUGAACCAUUUGGCCCAGCAUUAUCUGGUCCAUCUGCUGCAAAGCCAGCUUCGUAGCUCAAAGUCUCGCGUUGUCGUCGUUUCCUCGGGUGCAAUCCGCAAUGUCCGGGACCAAGAUACCUCCACCCUUGAUGUUGACCUAAAAGCCAACUCCGGUGCUGGUUACUCUACAGUGUACAGUGCCUCGAAAUUCACGCAAUUGCUGGCUGCGCACUACUGGCGUCGUCAGCUUCCCGAAUGCCACAUUGUUGCUGUGUCGCCAGGUCUGAUCCCCAGCACUGGCCUUGCCACAAGCUUAGGCCUAUCCAUGAACAUGCCAGACGCCAAGACUGUUCCCGAAGGUGCUCAAAACCUCCUCCGCGCUUUCACGGUUCAGGACUUCCCUGCUGAUCCACAGCAAAUCUUCCUGACUAGCUGGGGCGAGUGGUGGUCCUUAGAUGCCAUCGCUCUCAGCCUUGACACUGACCUGCAGGAUAAAUGGUGUCCUGGCAAGGAGGAGAUUGAGAAGCAGGCCCGCUUGUCAAAUUAA